GGGGCUGGUGGUUUGGAACAGACAUGGUGAUAACUGCUGGGGACAGACUAGAGGAGGCAGACAGGGGAUGCAAGAAGCCACCGGCGCCAUGGGCGAGGAGAACACAGAGUUGAGGACCUCUGGGCACAGACUUCGGGAGUGGAUCCGUGGGAGAUCUCACCGCCUCACCACCCAGAACCAAGGCAAAGAUAAUGACAUGGACCUGGGCGCUCUCCAGAACAAUGUGAACACCACCUUGGACAACCUCUACCAGGGCAGCCUGGAGCAGGAGAGAGCCAGGAGCCUACCCAAUGGCAAUGCCUUCCCUCUCAGCAAGCGGGGGGACAAGGCUGAUGUGCUGGCUGGCAGUGACAUGAAGCGCUCACAGCCACUGCUCAUCCACAUGAACAGGAAGUUAAAGGAGGAGGAGCCGCGAGCCUCAUCACUUCCAUCCAUCCCCAACCCCUUCCCCGAGCUUUGCAGUCCCUCCAACUCACCCAUCCUCAGCAGCCCUACAGCGGGACAAGGCCCACAGCGUGAAGGCGGCUCCCAUGUGGUGAAGGUCUUCAGUGAAGAUGGCACCUGCCGCUCUGUGGAGGUCACAGCAGGUGCCACAGCACGCCAUGUCUGUGAGAUGCUGGUGCAGAAGACCCAUGCCCUCCAUGAUGACAGCUGGUCCCUGGUGGAGUUGCACCAGCACCUGGCACUGGAGCGGUGCCUGGAAGACCAUGAGUCUGUGGUGGAGGUGCAGUCCACUUGGCCUGUGGGGGGGGACUGCAAGUUUUUUUUCCGGAAGAACUUUGCCAAGUAUGAGCUGUUCAAAAGUUCCCCACAGUCCCUGUUCCCUGAGGUGAUGGUCUCCAGCUGCCUGGAUGCCAACAAGGGCAUGUCCCACUCAGAGCUCAUCCAGAACUUCCUCAACUCUGGCAGCUGCCCAGAGAUCCAGGGCUUCCUGCACCUGAAGGAGGCUGGGCGCAAGGUCUGGAAGCGGUUCUAUUUUUCCCUGCGGCGCUCAGGACUUUACUACUCCACAAAGGGCACAUCCAAGGACCCCCGGCACCUACAGUAUUUCGCUGACCUCAGUGAGUCCAACAUCUACUACAUUACCCAAGGCAAGAAGUACUAUGGCACACCCACCGAGUACAGCUUCUGCAUCAAGCCGUACAAGGUGCGCAGUGGCACAAAGGGCCUGAAGCUGUUCUGCAGUGAAGAGGAGCAGAGCCGCACCUGUUGGAUGGCUGCCUUCCGUCUCUUCAAGUAUGGCAUGCAGCUCUACAGGAACUACCAGCAAUCCCAGUCUAGGCACAGCCAGCUGGCAUGGAUCGGCACCACACCCCUGAGGAGCGUGUCCGAUAACACCCUUGUGGCCAUGGACUUCUCAGGGUGUACAGGCCGGGUGAUUGAAAACCCCAACGAGGCCCUGACUGCAGCCCUGGAGGAGGCCCAGGCAUGGAGGAAGAAGACAAGUCACCGCUACAGCCUCCCAACACCCUGCCAGAGCUCCCCGCUCAGCACAGCCAUCCAUCGAACCCAGCCAUGGUUUCAUGGGCGGAUUUCAAGAGAGGACUCGCAGCGACUGAUCAUCCAGCAGGGACUAGUAGAUGGGGUGUUCUUGGUUCGAGACAGCCAGCGGAACCCCAAGGGGUUCGUCCUGUCCUUGUGUCAUCUGCAGAAAGUCAAGCACUAUCUCAUCCUGCCAAGCGAGGAAGAGGGGAAACUUUACUUCACCAUGGAUGACGGGCAGACACGCUUCACUGACCUCAUCCAGCUGGUGGAGUUCCACCAAAUCAACCGGGGCAUCCUGCCCUGCAAGCUCAGACACUACUGCACCUGCGUAGCCUUGUGACAGGCCUGGUGGGCAGCGGGCCUCCUGGCUGGGCCUCCAUGAGCCACAGCCAACAGGCAGUGAGCAGGAUCUCUGGACUUGAGCUCCAGGAUCAACUCCAAUUGUGUGACCAUCCCCUGCUCUGCCUGGGCCAAGCCCAUGGCACCAGGCAGGGGAAGGACAGGGCUGGCGCCCUGUAAUCUACAGGGUGUAGCCAGUACCAGGAGAAAGUCCCAGUAAGGUAAGCGCCAGGAUGGCACCUCUGGGAUGGACAACCUCUGAGGAGCCUGAACAUGAAGCAAGGAAUCACAGUUCAGGAAGGGGUGCUUCAUCCAGGGCUUCCAGGAGACUGAGGCCUCAGGGUGGUAGUGGGGGCUUAUGCCCCUCUCUCUGCCCCAUAUCCUUCUGCUAUGGUAUCCUUCCAUCUGCACCCCACUUCCCCUUUAAUUCUGCUCUACCCUGUAUCUCUGUACUCUCGUAUCUCUCUGUCUCUCCAAUCCUCCUCCCCAGCUUCUGUCACCCUGGUAUCCCUGGCCCCUGCAUCUUUCUGCACCUGUAUUGUUCUACCCUGGCCCAGCUCUGCCCCUUGGUUCCUCCACCCUUAUAAGGCUCCCCUACCUUCCACUCUGUAUCCCUCCCUCUCCAUCACCCUGCACCUCCCCACUCCAUAUCUUUCCACCUUGUCUUCCUCCCUCCAGCACCAAAUCCCUCUGGCCAGUAUCCUUCCACUCCUGUAACCCACCUCACCAGUAUCUCUCUGUUCCUGUCUUUCCCUUCAAUUCUUGGCCUUUUGGCUGAGAUGAAGUGACAACUUAAUCAUACACAUGCCUGCUACUUAUAUCAUGCAUCUUUACCCUCCCUGUAUCACUCCAUAUCUCUAUCCUACCUUACUUUCCCCUGUAUCCUUUCCAGCCUAACCCUCCCCACCUCAUGUUCCUCCCCGCCAAGCCACUGUACAGCUUUGGUUCCUAGAGUUUCC